ACUCGUGGUAGUUCAAAAUGGCAUCGUCUAUCCGUUUCGGGCGCGCUUCUGUGCUUGUGGCUGCACUUAGGACGUGCACAAAUCGAUGGGUGUCUGCACCCGUGAGGUUACUAAGAGGGUUCCCAACGAAGCCCCACGCUCUCGCUUCUCUGACUUUCAUUCAACCGCGACGAUCAUUGGCUGGCGAUUCUCACAGUGUUUCUUUUCAGGAAGUAGAGAAUCGUAUUCAUGAGGUGCUAAAAAAGUUUGACAAAGUCGACCCGAGCAAGGUGACUGUAGAAGCUCAUUUUAUAAAUGAUCUUGGUCUGGACAGUUUGGACGUUGUUGAAGUCGUUAUGGCAUUUGAAGAUGAAUUUGGCGUUGAGAUAAAUGAUGCAGAUGCAGAGAAGGUGUUGACCAUCCCUGAUGCUGUAAAGCUAGUAGCCAGACUAAUGGGAGUUCCUGAAGCUGCUCACUAGCUGUAUGGUCUAUUUGGAUGUAUUCCAUUAUAUUUGACGGCUGAAUCACAGUACAGGAGAUAGGAUAAUAUUUGUGAUGGCGUAUCUUGGAUAUCCAGUAUAACUUACUGGAGGUGUGUUCUCAUGUCUAAUUCUACUGGUCAAAUAAAAUAUAUCAGUGUAGCAUCA